AUGAAGUGGUUAAUCCACAUCCUUGCUGUGCUGCUGCUCAGCUUCUACGCAUGCGCCCUUCCCUAUGAAAGUGGACAGGUUGUGGGCAGACAUGACCCUGACACGCGCAACGGGAUCGUUGCGGUGAACGAUGACAACAUUGCCAACAUCAACGUUGACCAGACUGCGACUACCAACGCCGGAGACCCAAGGACAAGUCAACAGCGACCUGGACCAGCUACAACCCCUAUAGCUUCGUGCGCAUCUACGGCGUGGACUGCGACCCAGGCGCAGAAGGUCGUGAGCGCCGCCCGCCAACGCGGUCUGCGCGUGAUGGCCGGCGUCUUCGACCUGAAGAACUUCCCCGCCAGCCUGCAACCGAUCAUCGACGCCGCCCACGGCGACUGGUCCACCUUCCAUAGCAUCAGCGUGGGCAACGAGCUCGUCAACCGCGGCCACGCCACGCCCGCCCAGGUCGUCGACGCCGUGCACACCGCGCGGCGCCGCCUCCGUGCCGCCGGCUACCCAGGCCCCGUCGUCACUGUCGACACCUUCGACCGCCUCAUCGACCACCCGGAGCUCUGCCACGCCUCCGACUACUGCGCCGCUAACUGCCACACCUUCUUCGACCCCACCCAGCCCGCCGACAACGCCGGCACCUACGUCCGCGCCCAGGCCCAGCGCGUCUCUGCCGCCGUCGGCGGCAAGCGCACCGUCAUCACAGAGACCGGCUGGCCGCACCACGGCCGUCCCAAUGGUCAGGCCGUGCCGUCCGCUGCGAACCAGAACCACGCACUGACCGGGAUAUCGCGCGCGUUCCACCAUCGCCCGGACGACCUCGUCAUGUUCUCGGCGUUUGAUGAUAUGUGGAAAAAGGAUAGCGCGGAUACCUUUGACGCGGAAAAGUUCUGGGGCAUUCAUCACCGGAGUUGA